AUGGAGUCGCCAAUGCAUAUCUAUCGUCGUGAGGCACUAGCCGCUCCGGCUGAUCGAUCAGAGAUGGUCCUGCAAAGCAUUGUUAUCCUGGUCGUGUCGAUUCUUUCCAUAUUUGGAGCCGGUUGGAUUAUCGUUAGCUUCUGUGUCUUCAAAAGUCUCCGGUCCUUCCGCCAUCAACUCAUUCUUGGACUUGCAGCUAGCGACUUCCUCAUGGCGCUCAACUUUCUCUCGUCGACUGCCAUGAACAUCAAUGGCAACGAGAUUGGUGCCCCAGAACACCAAACAUUCUGCAGUUUCAAUGGCUUCAUGACCCAAGUCUUUGUCAUACAGACUGACUACUGGGUGUUGACCAUUGCACUGUGCACCUACGUCAUUUUGGCAGGUUACAAAUCGUUAUCGUCAUGGGUCCAAGAUCAGCGCAUCUUGCUCUCUUGUCUUCCUUGGGCACUUAGCCUUCUUUGGGCUGGUAUCGGACUGAAACUCGCAGGAUACGGUGAUAUUGGAGCUUGGUGUUGGUUUACUUCCGACAAAGUCCGCCUCCUCGCCAACUUCGUCCCGCGGUGGGUCAUCAUAAUCACCAUCCUCUCCAUGUACGCCCGUCUGUACUUCAUUCUCCGAAAGUCGCACAAGAGUUUCAUCUCACUCGGAAACUCAAACUCGACAUCAGAACCCUCCAGAGAGCGGACUGUUACACGGUCGAACCACGAUGUCUGGCGUUAUCACGAGUCCGAUGCCGCUGGCCGUCGAAGACUGCAAAGGAUCGCACGAUUGAUGAUCAUGUAUCCCGUUGUGUAUAUGCUGGUCUGGACACUGCCUACGGCCAUUCGUGUAUAUCAGACCAUCAAGCAUACUCCAGCUCCAUUUGCAUUGCAGACAAUCGACAAGGCCUGCAUUGUGUCACAAGGUCUCGUCGAUGCGAUAAUCUACGGCGUCAAUGAAUCUUCUCUGAGUCGAUGGCGUGAGCUCAUAUUUCGGUCCAGCGAUAAGGAUGUCACAGAGACUGUUACAUCCAGAAACAUCGAUACUAGGGUGUCAACGCGGGUACACUCGAACGCAGCCGUCAUGUCUUCUGCAUCUAGUAGCAAAGUCAUAAUCACAACGUCGAUUGAGCAGGAGACAGGCAGUAUCGAUAAAGAUGAUGGAGUGGAGCUCACAGAAAUGAGGCCGGUUUUUAGACCAAACUCUGGCUCACGAUAG